CGGCCGGGUAAAAAAUUUCAUUGGCAGCCCUGGUUGGUUCUUGUCAAUGUCAAAGUCCAAACGAAUCAAAACUGGAAACCUUGUUUUGUUAGUUUUUCAAAGGUUUUUACAACAUAGAACGAUCUGUAGUUAAACAUUUGUACGCAAUCACUUAUAACUCAGUUAAUGCGAUUUAAAGUAAUUAUGAUUUGAAAUUUAAAAACAAGUAAAUAUGCCUUGUGAAAUAAUAAUAAGAAUAGCCCGUGAGGACGACGCCGUGCAACGCGCCGAGCUGAUCCAGAUGGGACUCCUAUCUCACCAGUGGGAUGCCUUCAUAUACUUCAUGAAUCAAGAGCUGACGCUGGAGUGCGUGCUGUUGAGUAGCGCGGUGCUGUUCAUCUUCUGCGGCCUGACGCCGACGGCCUGCGCGCUGCUGGUACCGGCCAUCGCCAUCGCGUUUGUUGCAGCCGCCGUCGCGGUCGCGCACCGCGGCCUCGCCGCCACACACGCACAGCGUGUACGUGGGGAGAUGUUUGGUCUGGUGGCGGAGGUGCGUGGGCCGCUGCAGCUGGGUGCGCCACCGGGGCCCAUGCCCAUACGCACUGAGCUGCAGCACUGCCCUCAGAUACAACAUGAUGUUCAUUCAAAGGUGGUGGGCACGCUGAGCGUGUCGCAGUGCCGCGCGGGCGGGGCGGCGCUGGGCGCCGACGCCGGCUGGCUGCACGCGCUCGCCGUGCAUUCGGAGUACGUACACCACACAUCAGAUCAGCUAAGUCUCCGACUCAACUACAACAAUCAGCUCACAAAUCGACCCAAAAUACAUCUAUGAGAGCCAAUGAGCUGUGAAUUACCUUGUGACUUGUAAGUUAUACCUCUGUACUGGUA